AUGACCAAUAUUGCUGCUUCAAAACUUGCUACUAGAAAUAAAUCCAUUAUUUCUUUAUCAUCAACCACCACUGAAUAUCCAAAAGGUCAUACAACAGCUAAUGAUGAACCAUAUUUAACUCCAAGUUUUGUUAAUAAUGAAUUCAUUAAAUCUGAAUCUGACACUUGGUUUGAUAUUCAUGAUCCUGCCACCAAUAAUGUUGUUUCUAAAGUCCCACAAUCAACCCCUGAAGAAUUGGAAGAUGCCAUUGCUUCUGCUCAUAAGGCAUUCCCAAAAUGGAGAGACACCAGUAUUAUUAAACGUCAAGGAAUCGCCUUUAAAUUUGUUCAAUUAUUAAGAGAAAAUAUGGAUCGUAUUGCUUCAGUGAUCGUUUUAGAACAAGGUAAAACUUUUGCUGAUGCUCAAGGUGAUGUUUUACGUGGGUUACAAGUUGCUGAAGCUGCUUGUAAUGUUACUAAUGAUUUAAAAGGUGAAUCAUUAGAAGUUGCCACUGAUAUGGAAACUAAAAUGAUCAGAGAACCAUUAGGUGUUAUUGGAUCUAUUUGUCCAUUUAAUUUCCCCGCCAUGGUACCAUUAUGGUCAUUACCAUUGGUAUUGGUCACAGGUAAUACUGCAGUUGUUAAACCAAGUGAACGUGUACCUGGAGCUGCCAUGAUUAUUUGUGAAUUGGCUGCUAAAGCUGGUGUCCCCGCUGGUGUCCUUAAUAUUGUUCAUGGUAAACAUGACACCGUUAAUAAAUUAAUUGAUGAUCCUCGUAUUAAAGCUUUAACAUUUGUUGGUGGUGAUAAAGCCGGGAAAUAUAUUUAUGAACGUGGGUCCCAAUUAGGUAAACGUGUUCAGGCCAAUUUAGGUGCUAAAAAUCAUUUAGUGGUUUUACCUGAUGCCAAUAAGCAAUCAUUUGUUAAUGCUGUUAAUGGUGCUGCAUUUGGUGCUGCUGGUCAAAGAUGUAUGGCUAUUUCUGUUUUGGUUACCGUUGGUAAAACCACUAAAGAAUGGGUCAAAGAUGUUGUUGCCGAUGCUAAAUUAUUGAAAACCGGUAGUGGAUUUGAUCCAAAAAGUGAUUUAGGUCCAGUUAUUAAUCCAGAAUCAUUAACUAGAGCUGAAGAAAUCAUUGAAGAUUCCGUUCAAAAUGGUGCUGUAUUAGAAUUAGAUGGUAGAGGUUAUAAACCAACUAAUGAUCCUGAACAAAAAUUCACUAAAGGUAAUUUCUUGGCUCCAACUAUUUUAACCAAUGUUAAACCAGGUAUGAGAGCUUAUGAUGAAGAAAUUUUUGCUCCAGUAUUAGCAGUAGUAAAUGUUGAUACUAUUGAUGAAGCCAUUGAAUUGAUUAACAGUAAUAAAUAUGGUAAUGGGGUUUCACUUUUCACUAAUUCUGGUGGUUCAGCUCAAUAUUUCACUAAAAGAAUUGAUGUUGGUCAAGUUGGUAUUAAUGUUCCAAUUCCAGUUCCAUUGCCAAUGUUUUCAUUUACUGGAUCUCGUGGUUCAUUCUUGGGUGAUUUGAACUUUUAUGGUAAGGCUGGUAUUACUUUCUUGACUAAACCUAAAACUAUUACUUCUGCUUGGAAACUUAAUUCUGUUGAUGAAGAAAUUUUGAAACCUUCUACUUCAAUGCCAAUUCAACAAUAA